AUGAAGUCCGUCCUCGUCGGCGCCGCCCUCGGCGCCGCGCUGUUCGUCGCCCUGAAGAAGCUCGAUCUCAAGAAGAAGACGACGCCGCCGCCUCCGCCGCCGAGCGCCGCCGUCGCGCCGCUCGAGAUCCGCCCGGACACGCCCGUCGCCGCGACGCCCUCGAAGAAAAAGUCGUCGCGCGCGAGCACGCCCGCGAAGGGAUCGCCCGCGCUGAGCGGCGCGGCUUCCCCCGCGUCCGGCUCCCCCGCGUCCUCCGUCAGCGGCGGCAGCGCGUCCACGCCGUCGUCCGCGCUCAGGAAGACGCCCUCCAAGGCGGCGCUCCGCGACCUGAAGAACGCCGCGUUCGUGUUCGUCAAGCCGCACGCCAACACGGAGGCGACGCGCGCGCUCGUGCGAUCGACGCUCGAGGCGCGGAAGAUCGCGAUCGUCGCCGAGGGCGAGAUCGACGCCGCCGCGAUCGACGAGGACAAGCUCAUCGAUCAGCACUACUACGCGAUCGCGUCCAAGGCGACGCUGACGAAGCCGAAAGACCUCCCCGUCCCCGCGGACGCGUUCGAGGCAAAGUACGGCGUGUCGUGGCAGAGCGCGUUGGACGACGGGAAGGUUUUCAACGCGCUCGACGCGUGCGCGCACUUCGGCGUGGACUCCGCCGGUCUGGACGCCAAGUGGCAGAAGGCGAAGAAGGACGGGCACCUCGUCAAGUUCGGCGGCGGGUUCUAUUGCGGCAAGGUGGAGGACAUCUACGUCUUCAACGGGUUCUUCAUGGAGAUGCGCGCCGCGUUCGUCGCGCCCGGCGCGUCGAUCCACUACUACGUCGUCGAGUUCGAGCCGGCGGAUUGUAAGUGGGCCGCGUUCAGAGGCGACGUGCUCGGUCCCACCGACCCCGCGGACGCUCCGGAGAGCUCCCUCCGCGGCAUGAUCUACCGCGACUGGAAGCAGCUCGGCCUGAAGUCCAAGCCGUUCGUGGGCGAGAACGGCGUGCACGCGUCCGCGUCGCCGCUGGAGGGGCUCGCGGAGCGCGCCAACUGGCUGAAGCGGCCCAUCGCGAAGGACGCUUUCGGCGCGGCGUUGAUCGCGUCCGGGAUCAAAGAGAAGCGCGUGAAGGAGUGGCUCGUGGACGCGCGCGUGACGCACGAGGACGGCGAAGGGAGCGUGUUCGACCUCCUCGAGGAUCUGGACGUGGAGGAGUGCCUCGCGAAGUGUCUGACGAUCAAGAAGUGAGGCGUACGCGACGGCGCAAGCGUUAAUUUUAAUUUGUAAGGUUUUGUAAGACGAAUCUC